AUGUGGGACUGCAUUUCUUCUCCGGUGCCUUUGUCUCUGCCGGAUACUUCUCCUCCCGAAACCGGCUCUGGACGUGUCGGCCAUUCCAACGGCCAGGCACCUGUGUUCGCCUAUUUCGGAGAGGCCGGGGAGCCUCUCCAAAAUGGCUCCGACGAUGGGCUCGACUUUCAGGACCUAGGCGCCGUGGAGAGGGAGUAUGUUACUGGAAAUGGCGACGAGUUUGGCGACAUCGUUCGCGACGAGUUUGGCGACAUCAUUGGCGAUUUCGAUGACUACUUUUACGAGAGUGACACCGACGAUGAUUUUUUUUCACAUGUCGUCAUUGACGCCCGUCAUUACGAUCUCCAUUUUGACGCCGAUGAUGAAUGUGGUUGCGCCUUAUGUUGCUACAUCCAGCAGCAGGAGGAGGAGGAGGAGGAGGAGGAGGAGGAUGAGGAUGACGCCGAUGACGGUGACGGUGACGGUGACGGUGAUGGUGGCGAUGGUGGCGAUGCUGGCAAUGCUGGCAAUGCUGGCAAUGCUGGCAAUGCCGGCCAUGGCGUUGAGGCCGUCAACGACGACCAUGAUGAUGAUGAACCGAGUGUGGGGAUGAUGAUGUCGGCAUUGGUCCUUGCUCAUGAGGCGCGAAGGUGA